GGGAAGAUGAAGCCAAAUGUCCAAAAGCUUCUGUGCUCCGGCCUUUGCUCACGAGCAGCAAGAUAGAGAUUCUCGUUGGCUCCUUUCGCGCGGCGCAGGGAUGCAGAAUGGGGAUCAGCAUCACACAGUUUGGCCAAUGAUGUGAUUGGCUUCAGAGUCGUUCGCUGCACCCAUGCGCGCCGGAGUGUAGCCUGGUUUCGGGCAUUUCGUCUGGCCUGCACAAGUUUCACGAAAUGCAAAAGACUUCAACGAGCCCAGGAUGUGGAGACUCCAUGGUAAAGCCUGGAGGAACAAAGAGGUUCACCAUGUCCCCCUCGGGUCUCGACUGAGUCGAGCUGGCUCAUUCAGAGUAGAGCGGUACUGACAGCGAACCUCCAAAGCUUCCAGCGUCACAGAGUUUGAAAAUGGUGUGGCAGAGCGAAGCAGCAUGGUGACGAUCGUCAAGAUGUGAAUAGUUAACUAUGGACCGAAUCCAACCUCCAAACCGUCGCUGGUACAUGAAUUGGAUGUGAACGUGUCUCAAUGAAAUAGACGUGUCCUCUACGUGCAAGACAAAUCAUGUGAGCAAGACAGCCUGUUCUAUGUUUUGCGUCAAGUUAUUGCCAGCUGUGCGUGCUCUCCGGGUCAUGAAUGGCUUAUUACCCUCAGGAUGAUCUGGCGCCAUUCCCAGAGCCGUACUUAAUUCGCUGUAGCAACAAACCUGGGCAACCUUCCUGCACCUGUUGUUUCGGAACUAGUCGUAAAAUGGCAGCCGCGUUGUGAAUGAGAUGGGAACGUUGGAUGGUGCAGAUGAUUCAGCUGUUGAUCAAGCUGCCCAGCAACUGGAUGAGGAAGAGAGGGAACUAUGGAGGCAGUUGCGGCGAAAGAGGGAUUUCGAGGUCCGAAUCCUCGAGAAGCGUGCGCAGAUAGAGGAGUUGCAGAAGAAGCGGCAAAGCGUGCGACUUGCUCAAGCGCAGGCUAGCGCAUCUGUGGAAGUAUUGACCAAAGAGGUCGAAUUUGUAAAGUCUCAGCAGCGAGAACUGGAGCAUGACUUGGCAGUGCUCAAGGAGUCAAAUCGGCUUCUGCAGCAAGCCUUUCAACUUCAGACUGGAAGCAAGCCUCACUCAAUUGGGGAGAAGGUCUUGCCGCCAAGGACAAAGGAUACCCUGGCGGAAGAGCGGGCUCACAUGGAGUCGCUUCAGGCCCAACAGGAUCAAAUCGGACACCUGCAGAAGCACAUUGAAAGCAUGCAUGUGGAGAAGCAGAAUUUGCAGCAACAGCAGGAGGUUCUUUUUCAGAAGCAACGUACGGCCGAGCAAGAUCAGAACCGGCUCUUGGGAGCCAUCCAGGAUGAUCGGAAUCUCCUGAACGAAGUGCGGAGUGAGCGGAUCAAGCUCUUUGAAGAACGCGCCAUUCUUGAAAAACAGAUGGCAUCGGUGGUCAGCAAGGUACAUGAGGGUGUUCCUCGUGAAGAACGGACUCGAUGGUCUCCCAGGACAUCUCCAUCUGAGCAGGUGGCUCAAAGUCUCAAGCCACCAGGAUCAUUUGGUGGAGUUCGAGGACAUGUUCCACAGGACCCACCUUUGCCACAGCCAUCGCCAUUUUUCUCGUCACCGUUGCAGGACCGACGUCCUCAUUGGAUCUCAUUCCAGAAGGAUGGAGACGCUGCUUCACGGCUGAACCAGGCUGUUGAAUCUCCGUCUUUUGGGGGUCAUAAAUUCCUCCAAACAACAUAGUGUCAAUGAAACCAAAGCGGAA